AAUAAAAAUUGUACAUCCUACUGAGCUUGUUCUCUGAGGGAGGGGCUGCAGAGCCAGCAACCACUUGUCACAACUACUGAGCAUGAUUUGCGGAGGUAGACAAGAAUCCCCAGGGGUCAACUACCCCGGAACUCAUAUGACACUGAGAGCUGACAGCUCCCACUUGAUACCAGGGCCAAUCAUCUAAUUUAAUGACUAAGCUUGGUGGUUGGGGCUGAGGUGCCUGAAUCAGGCUGGGUGUGGGGUAAUCUUAGUUACAGGAAGUCAAAGAUUCCUCUUUCCAAACGAAGGCAGAGGGAACAGGGUUCCCUGACCGAGCAGGCAGCUGGUACUGACACACAAACCUAGUUGGACUCUGGAGGCUGUUCUGACAUGAGGCUGGCUGUGCUUUUCUCUGGGGUCUUGCUGGGGCUACUAGCAGCCCAGGGGACAGGGAAUGACUGUCCUCAUAAAAAGUCGGCCACUCUGCUGCCAUCCUUCACGGUGACACCUACAGCUACAGAAAGCACAGCAAGCACUGGAACAACCAGCCACAAGACAACCAGCCAUAGAACUACCACUCACAGAACGACAACCAUAGAUACCACCAGCCACAAGUCUAUGACAGCCACUCAAAAUCCUGCUACCACCACCAGUCACGGAAACACCACAGUUCGUCCAACAAGCAACACCACGGCCACCAGCCCAGGGUCUUCCACCAGUUCCCCCCACCCAGGACCACCUCCACCCUCUCCAAGUCCUAGCCCAGGAUCCAAGGAGGCGAUAGGAAACUACACUUGGAAUAAUGGUUCCCAGCCCUGCGUCCAGCUCCAAGCCCAGAUUCAGAUUCGAGUUCUAUACCCGACCCAGGGUGGCGGAGAGGCCUGGGGCAUCUCCGUACUGAACCCCAACAAAACCAAGGCCCAGGGGGGCUGUGAGGGGGCCCAUCCCCAUUUGUUCCUCUCAUUUCCCUACGGACAGCUCAGCUUUGGAUUCAAGCAGGAGCCACUGCAGAGCAUCGUCUACCUGAACUAUAUGGCUGUGGAGUACAAUGUGUCCUUCCCCCAGGCAGCACAGUGGACAUUCUCAGUUCAGAAUUCAUCCCUUCAAUAUCUCCAAACUCCCCUGGGCCGGAGCUUCAGUUGCAGAAACGCAAGCAUCAUUCUUUCACCAGCUUUCCACCUUGACCUGCUCUCCUUGAAGCUACAAGCUGCUGAGCUGCCCCCCACAGGGGCCUUUGGGCCAAGUUUCUUCUGUCCCAGUGACCAAUCCAUCUUGCUGCCUCUCCUCAUCGGCCUGAUCUUACUCGGCCUCUUCAUCCUGGUGCUUGUUACAUUCUGCAUUGUCCGGAGACGCCCACCCACCUAUCAGCCCCUCUGAGCAUUCAUCCCAACACCCAGGACACCAGGGGUGCCCUCAUGUCUCACCACUCAACUGACUCCGAGGCAAGAUUUUCAUCUUUCCCUGUCUUUUGAUGAACAAAAGUAGAGAUAAUGCAAUCGGGAAGGAUAAGCGGAGAGAUGUUUAUUAAAUGUGACUGAUUCCCCCUUCCACAUCUCCAUUGGCAGAAUAGUAAAACCUGCUCAAAUCUUUA